UGCGCCGCAGACCUGUUUGCCCACCUGACUAAGAUGGCUUCCAGGAGGCGCAGAUGAGGAAUGACGACUAUCUCACGGUUUUCCAUCGCGUUUACAGACAUGUAGGAGAGCCGAACUCGCUCCAGAACAUAUCUGACAGUCUGUGAUACCGACCAGCAGGUCUGAGAUCCAGCCAUGCUGAAGUGGUUCUCCACUGAUGAGGCCGGUUCUACCCAGGGGGCUCCCGGCUCCCCCCAGGCUGGUGCUGAUGGUCCCCCCCUCUCAGAGGUGACUGAGCGUUUGGCUCAGAUGGAGCAGCUGGUGUCUCAGUUAAAGGAGAUGAUCAGGGAGAAGGACACAGCCCUGCACAGUAAAGAUGAACAGCUGAAGGCUGAGAAGGAGUCGUGCGAGGCCAAGCUGUCUAAGAUGCGGCUCCAGAACAAGGCGAAGGUCACGUCGCUGAACGCACAGCUGGAGGAGCUGAGGAAGCAGCAGGGGGAGCCAGCAGGCAAGGGAACGCCACCACAGUUCAAACGGAGCGGUAGUGGAGAGGCGGGGGAAUCGGAGCAGGCCGGAGCGAGUCGGGGGAAGAUCCUCCUCCUGAAGAAGAAAGUGGAGGAGCUGGAGCAGCAACUCGCCCACAGAGAGAAGGAGCUGCAGCAGAAGACGCGAGAGCUAGAAGCCCAGAGAGAGCGAGGUGUGGAGAUGGACUCCAUGCUAGUGGAGAAAGAUAAGCGUCUGGCUGAGAAGGAGGCUUACAUCGUCCACCUGCAGGUGGCCAUGUCUGGAGAACAUCCAGCUAAAGCAGAGCACGCUCCUCAGGAUGACAAGGCGAGGAACAUUUGGGAGCGGCCAGUGGACGGGUCAGUGCAGGAGCUGCAGAUGCUGGUUCAGAGCCUGACGAAGAAAGUAGGGGAUGGAGAGGAGAGAUACAGCCUGCUGAAGGAGCAGAACGACAGCCUGAAGGAGCUGCUGGUGUCAGAGAAAGCGCAAUUCGAGGAGAAGGAGAACAUGUACAAGCAGAACAUCCAAACGUUCAAAGACAUAAUUUUACAAAAAGACAACAAAUUGAUGGAAAUUAAUCAGAUGCAUGAGCAGGAGCUCUUCAAGCUUGCAGCGAAAUCGGAUGCCAGUGCGGAUCUCGAACAGCUCCUGAAGGCCCUUAAACAGAAGCUUCAUGAGAAGGAGGAGGUUCUCCUGGGAAAAGCUCAGGUGAUCGAUGUCCUGCAGGGUGAGGUUGACAGCAGAGACCAGCAGAUAAAGGAUCUGACUGAGCGUCUGAGGCUCCUGCACAGCGAGAAGGAGAACGUGCAGUCUAAGAUGGAGGCGGAGAGGCACAUCAUGCGCACUCAGGUCCGCGACCUGAUGGAGAAACACCAGGAGGAGCUGAAGAGGGUGGCGGAGAAACAUGAGAGCGAGAUGUCGGAGAAGGAGCAGGUCCUGCUUGCGCAGCUGGAGGCGGUAAGGGACUCCUCAGCUCAUCUGGCAGCACCUGAAAGCUCACCUGAAGUUCGACCUGCUGACCACUCACUGACUCAGAGGGUGGCCGAGCUGGAAGCCCAAGCUAAGCUAAAAACAGACGAGGCCAAUAAAUCUGAAGCUAAAUUCCUGAAGAUGAAAGCAUGGUCCAAGUCUCGCAUCAGGCAACUUGAAGAUGAGCUGAAGAAAGCUCAGUCUGGAAGCUUGACCCCCGAUGUGGCAUCCCUGCGCGGUCGAGUCAACGAACUGGAAGAGGAGAGAGAGGAGAUGCUGUGUAAACUCGAACAGUAUGACGAGCUCAAGGCCAAAAAUGAUGUUCUGGAGACGAAGCUGGUGGUGUACGAGGAGCAGCAGAGAAAGCUGCAGGCGGACCUGGAGCAGGUCACCAAGAGAGCAGCAUCUCAGGCGAGUGAGUCCGGCAGUGUGGACGAUGCACAGAGUCAGGUACUGGAGUGGCAGGACAUGGUUACCAUGGUAGUAGAGGCUGAGGCGGUGCGGGACCAGGCUCGAGAGGAGAAGAAUGCUCUCGUGCUCCGGAUGAGCCACAUAGAGGAGGAGAGAGAGGAGGAUGACUGGUUCUUUCCUGGCUGCUCCGAUCCAGCACUAGCCAAUCGGCAGCAGGAGUUGGAGGAGGAGGAGGAGCUUGUCCAGGCCAGAGGGCUCCGCCCACAGAAGGGCAAGAAACCUGGAGACCCCGCCCCCCGCAGCCUGCAGGAGGACUUCGAGUUUGACCGAAGGUCAUCUUUCCCGGAUCCCCGAAGCCCCUCAGGCAGCACCACUCCCAUGGAAGGGGAGAAUAUGGGAGGUUGGUGGCCCGAGUACAGUGCCAGUGCCCCAGACACAGGGGGUUUGCGGUCCGUUGUGGAAGAACUGGAGCUUGAAAGAAAUCAGCUGCAGGAACAGAUCCUUGGUUUGGAGGAGCGAUGUCAGGAUCUGGAGGACCGGCUGCAGCUACAGGCCCGAAUCGAGUCAUUACAGGUGACCUUUGAUGUAGGUGAAGAAGGUCGUCCGUUAUGGGGUUCUCAGAACGAGUCAGAGAGACUGCAGGCUCAGCUGGCCAGCCUGCGCGCUCAGCAGAGCCGAGACGCUGAGAAACAUCAGCUCCUCGUCACAAGUUUAAAUGAACAGCUCAAAGGGCUAAGCAGCACACAGGAGUGUCUGGAGUCGUCACUUUUGGAGAAAGAGCACACGCUGGCCAAAACUUCAGAAAAGCUAGAGCUCAUUGAUGGCCUGAAAGACGCCUUGAGAGAAAAGGAGGAGCAACACAAAGAGGUUUCUGACAGGCUGUUCCAGACUGAACACAGUCUGGCUGAGGUGAGCAAGAAUUGCAGUACAUUUGAAAAGCAGUGCUCAGAAAUGAAAGCAACUGUUGCAGAAUUAACACAGAAGCUCGGUUUGCUGAAAGAGAAGACGCAGAAACAAGAAGCCACGAUAGAAUCUUUGCAAAGCGAUUUGGAUCAAACAAGUGAUGAGCUGGACAAGCUAAACACUACACAUUUAGAAGAAAGAGCCCAGCUUAUUCAUGAUCUCCAAAGCUGUGAGCGAGAGAUCGACAACCUCAAAGACCUCAUCACAGAGAAGGACAAGGAGAUUUCUGCAUUUUUUGGCAAUAUGGCAGAGUAUGAUGCUGAAAUCCAUGAGCUUAAACAGGAGGUAAAGCAGAAGGAGGAGGAGCUUGUUCGCACGGAGAGAGCCCUGACCAAAGCAGAACAGGAAGCUCGAAUCAUUAAUGAAUCACAAUCUUCAGAUCAGCAGGCACUUAAUGCGAAGAUAGCUGAGCUGAUGGAGCAACUGAGGGUCGCUGAAAGUGAUCUAAACAAGGCCAGUCAGGAGAAAGAGACAAAUGUGAAUGAAAUAAAUGACCUGACAAGGCAGGUGGAGGAGGACAAGUCAACCAUAAAAGAUCUCCGCUUGGAAAUGCAGAAGCUCAGUACGAAUCAGCGCAGUCACCUCUCAGAAUGUGAAGCUCAGAUUUCGUCGUUGAAGGAACAGGUACUUGUGGCCACUCAGAAACUUCAGGAGUCUGAAGAUGUUCUCUCACAGCUGAAGGAAACCAAGAGCUCAAAUGAGAAGCUUAAAGAACAAAUGCUGGACAAGGAGCAAACUUAUGAAAAGGAAAUUAAAUCACUCAAGGAGGAACGGAAUAAGCUCCUAGCAGAGGUCAUGAAAUAUAGCAGCGAGCUUCAGUCUUUAUCCAGUCAGCUUCAGGCACAGGUUGAGUGCCAAGAGCAGGUCAAACUCGGGGUCCAAGAGAAGCUGGAGGCCAUAUCAUCCCUGGAGCAAAGGCUAACGAAAGUGGAAGAAGAAAAGCAGGCUCUAAAUACAGAACUCAAAAUCAGGGAUGACACUGCAGAAAAACUGGAAAAGGAACUAUCUGAGAAAACUGAGAGGGCUUCCGAGUUAGAAGGCCGCUUGCAAUCGCUGAAAAGCGAAAGCUCAAGUCUACAAAAAGCUUUCGAGGAAAAUUCUCAGGAGCUUAAGACUCAAAAGCAGCUUUUGCUUGAAGUUCAGGAAAAUUUUGAUAUGGUGCAAAAUGAGAAUAGCAGUUUGCAGACACAGGUGAAAAGUCUGACCGAAGAGAAUAAAAGUUUUAAGCAGGAAAUUGAAGUCAAAGUUCAGUUGCUGUCUCAAAUUUCACAAGAAAGAGACAGAUUGCUGAGUAAAAUAUCUAGCCUUGAAAUUCAGCAUGUCGAAUAUGAGAAAUCAAUUGAGGAACUAACUAAAGAAAAAGAGGAGCUAAAUGUUAGAGCAUCUGAGCUUAAUAACAUCCUUGAGCAAAACAAACAGUCUCUCUCUGAAGAUCUUUUAGGAAAGACUGGUGAGUGUAAUAACCUCAGAAAGUUGCUGGAAGAGAGCGAAGGAACAGUUACACGUUUACAAAACCAAAUCGAAGCCUUAAACACUCAGGUGGACGAACUAAACUGUAGAAUAGCUGAGAAAGAGAAAACUGUAGGUGAGCAAAGUGCACAAAUAGAUGCCCAGCAGAACGGAGUUCUACAACUCCAGGAGACUCUGACUUUGCUUCAGGAGCAAGGAGCCACUCUGAAAUCUGGACUGUUGGAGAAAGAUAUGCUACUACAAGACAAAGUUUCUCAGUUCACUUCAUUACAGAGUGAACUUGACCAGCAAAAAGAUCUUCUCUCCAAACUUCAUGGCGAGUGUGACUCACUUAGAGAUGAAUGUACACGACUUGGCCGCAGCCUUCAAGAAAAUGAAGCUGCCCUCAGCGAGAAGACCCUUGAGUGUCAGACGCACCUGGAUGAACUUAGCAAGAAGAAUGAGUCGGUCGCUUCACUCAGCGGUCAGUUGGAGAAAGUCGGUGAACUUAAGGUGAGACUGGAGACUGAAAAUGCUGACAUGAAAAAGUCUCUGGAAGACCUGCUGACCAAUAGCAGCAAGGCUUCCGAUGAAAUGACUCAGAGACAGGCUGAAAUUGUUGGUCUUCAUAGUCAUAUUCAGGCACUGAGUGGGCAGAACCAACAGAUACGAGCAAUGUAUGAACAAAAAGAGAAAGAACUAGAGGGAAUCGGAAAGGUUUUGUCUGAAAUGGAUCAAAAGGUAGCAUCAACACUAGAAAAGAAUGAAAACCUGGCUUCUCAAAUCUCUACACUGACUGAGCAAAAUGGUCAUCUUCAAAAAGAAAAGACAGACAUGAUUGAGUCACUGGCAGAGGUAGCAGAAGAAAAGACCUCAUUACAUGAGAAAAUAUCUGGGCUUGAGAUGCAGCAUUCGGAAAACCGUAAAAUCAUAGACGCCUUACUCAAAGACAAAGAAGGUCUGUCUUCAAGGUUAGAAGAGCUUAGCAAAGUUAGUGAGCAGAAUCGUCAGUCUUUUGACGAAAGCUUACUUGAAAAGACCAACGACUGUGCAUCUCUCUCAAAACGGCUAAGUGAGAGUGAGGAGACAGUGAAACUUCUAAAGGGACAAGCUGAAACCUCAGUUUCCCAGUUUAAUGAUCGCUUGAUUGAAAAAGAGCAGUUGAUUCUGGAUCAGAGCAAACAGAUUGAGGGUUAUCAGAGCCAGCUUGCUCAACUCCAGGAAACUCUUUCAUUACUUCAGGAGCAGGGUAGCGCUCUUAAGUCAGGACUUAUGGAGAAAGAUGCUUUCCUACAGCAGCAGUCUAAGGAAUGUACUUCCUUGCAGAGCGACCUUGAUCAUCAGAGAGAGCUUUACGCAAACCUCCAGACUGAGAAUGAGACCCUGAAAGGGGAAUGUUUGAGAUUGCACCAAGUUUUGAAAGAGAAAGAAAGUGCUCUGGAAGAGAAGAUUCUUGAAUGCAACAGUCACACUGAUGAGCUCAGCAGGAGAAACGAAUCAGUUGUUUCACUCAGUAGUGAAUUGGGUGCCAUGACUGAAAAUAUUGUGAGGCUUGAAUCAGAUCUGAAAAGAUCGUUAGAGAGUCACUUGGCAGAAAGUGCUAUGCUGAGAGAGGAACUGACACUGAAACAGGCUGAGAUAGUGAAUCUUCAAGAUAACAUUCAGGCACUAAAUGAGGCGAAUAAUACAAUGAAAGCCAAGGUAUCCAAAAGACUAGAGGAGGUGGCUGCUCUUCAGAGUGAGUUGGCCAACAGAGACUUGAACGUGGCAUCUUUGACACAACAGUUAUCGACACUGAGCUCAAACACAGAAGCCUUGCAACUUGAGUUGCAGCAAAGAGAGGAAUCCUUUAGGCAACAGGAGGCAUUCUUGAUUCAGUUGCAGGCCAGAUCUGUUGAGGGUGAAGAUCAGAUCAGCCAGAAAAUGGAAACCAUUGCUGAGCUACAGAGGGAGGCUCAAAACUUACAAAAGGCCCUGCAGGAGAAAGAUUUACUGUUGCUCAAGAAAGAUCAGGAGAUCACGCUCCUCAGUGAAAAGAUUGCAGCAGAAUCAGAAGCAUCUAAAGUCCGAAUGAACUCUGACAUGGAUGUCAUCUCUAAAUUACAGGGAGAGCUGCAGAUAUUUCUUGAAAAGAAUGACUGUCUUACUGGUUCGGUAGCUGAAAAAGAUGUUCUAUUGAGGCAGGAAAUGGACAAGUAUCUGAGCUUGAAGACUAGUGCUGACAACCUUGAAGACACAGUUUCCCAACUUAAUUCUGAAGUUCAGAGGUUAUCCUCAGAGGCAGCAAAACUCAGGACAGUGCUAAGUGAGAAAGAGCAGGUCAUUCUUGAUAUUGGCAGUAGUUCCUCGGCAGAGGUCACCAGCCUAAAUGAAACAUUGAAAGCCAAAGAUUUAGAGAAUGAAAACCUAAGAAAACAGUUGACAGACCUCCAAGAAUCAGUUUCGGUCUUGAACACUAGCCUUAGUGCCGAGUCUGUAGAAGUAACAAGACUGAAGGCAGCUCUGGAAGAAAGUAGGUGUACCAUGGUGGACCAAAACAAAGCUCUCCAGGAUUUUCAGCGAAAGACUGAUGAGGCUGCUUUGUUCAAGGAUCAGUUUGUGGAAAGUACAGAACUGGUGUCUCAGCUGCAAGGCCAGGUUCAGGAGCUCAGAGAGGAAUCAUCCAGGCUUUCCACAGCAAUAGAACAAAAGCAAAGUGCCUUAAUAAACCUUCAGGAUAAAUUUGCCUCCCAAGCAGAAGAACUUCAGGAGACAAAGACCUUACUCUCUCAGAAAAGUGAAGAAAUACUGAACCUUAACCAGGCUAUCAGUGAGCGUGAGGAAAAGAUUCACGCUGCAGAGAACAGCAUCUCAACUCUUAAGCAGGAGGCGUUGAUGUUGCAAAAUGAGAUCCAGGAGCUGCGAGUGUUGAAUGCUAACAUUUCAAAACAAAAGGAUGAUUCAUUAGCUUCCCAUCAAAUAAAUGCUGACUCUCUGACGGUUGAAAUUGAGAGACUAAAAGCACAGCACCUUCAAGUUGCAGCACAGGUUAAUUCUCUAACUGAAAACCUUGAGCAAAGGGAAUUGGCUCUACAUGCUAUUAACAAUCAGUAUGCUGCUCAAGUAAAACAUACAGAACAUGUAGUGUCAGAAAUGCAGAAAUUAAACAAUCUUAAUUCAAGACUUCAAGAAGAAUAUCACUUGACCAAGCAGGAGCUAGAUAAAGUCAACAGCGAAAGAGUUCUAAAGGAAGAGGAGGUCAGCAAAUUGGUUCUGGAAAAAGAAGAGCUCAGUAGGAAUCACAACUACCAGAUUCACAGGUUGCAAGAACAGCUCCAGUCCAGUAGCAUGAGUGAAGUGGUGGAGAAAAUGAAGGCAGAGACGGAGCAGCUCCAGGUCCAGCGUAAGGAGGUUGUGAACUUGAGGUCCCAGAACACAGAGCUGGUGGAGCUGAAGCAGAAGUAUGAUGACCAGCAGAGAGAGCUUCAACAGGCAAAAGCUCACAAGUUACAGUGUGAGCGAGAUAUUAGCGGGUACGAGGCAGAGCUUGCAGAGCUGAGGUCUGAGAGGACUAAACUGCAGUAUGAAUGUCAAGCCCUCAGAGAGGCCAGCAAGGUAUCAGCGGCUCUUACAGGUAAAGAUAUGUCCGCAGAGCAGCUGCUGCAACUGCAGACAGAGAGAGCUCAGCUUCAGAGUCACAUGCAGCACUGCCUAGUGGAGAUCCAGCAGAGAGACCUGGGCUUCCAGCAGCUCAACAUGAAGCUGCAACAGGCAGUGGAAGAGAAGGCUGCAGUUUCUGCUCAGUUUAGAGCUGUGUCUCAGACUCUGAGAGAGACACAGCUGAGUCUCAGCGAGCUGCAGAACCGCUGCUACUGGCUGGAAAACCAGCACCCACAGGCACAGCAGGACUCUGUGUGUGUGGAAGUUGCUCCUGGAGCUCCUCAGGAAAAGACCAGCUCUGUGGCUGAUCUGGACGGGCUGGACAUUAAAGAACUGAGGAGCAGGCUGGCAGAAGCGGAGCUGCAGCUUGACUCCGCCCAGCAGAAUGUGUCUCAGCUCAGUGGUAGGCUGGAGGAGGAGAGGGCAAGGCGGGAGGCGGCUGAGGAAGCGCUGGGAUUGGCUGAGCAGAGGGUUACGAGUAUGGAACCCAGCCCUUCCAGGUCGUCCCAGAGAGACUUCAGUAUCCAGCUGGAGACAGAUGCGGAGUGGGAAGCUCUGAUUUUAGACCCGAACCAACACCUGCUUAUGCGCAAGAUGAAGAGUGGAGUCCACUCGUGCAGGCGCUGGCUGAGAGGCCGCAGUUUGUACUGCUCUAAAAUGCUGACGUCUCGAGCUAAAUCCCGCUACCUGUUCAUGGCUUACCUGCUCACACUGCACAUCCUGGUCUUCAUGUGCUUCGCGGGCGCUCUGUAGAAGGACAUAAUGCCUCUCAGGAAUGUGGACCACAGCUUGGACUUUAUCCUGCAGCAGAAGAGUCAAACGGUCAUCCACACAUAACCUCCUAAAUUUCUGUUGUAGCAGUUUGAAUGGACUGGUCCAGGAGUAUAUCAAGGUCGACCUUGAUAUACUCUUGAAAUGGUUAACGAUUGGCCAGUUUCAUUUACAGAUGGAGAGAAAUUCAUUUGCAACAUCUAGAUUAUUGUAAACAUGCUGAUCGAAAAGAUUCACCCCAAAAAAGUUUGAUGGGUUAGAGGCCAAAACAUUGCAUAUUCCAGACUUGGGUGAUGUCACUAUUGCAUUGGCCAAAAUUGCGCUAUUCAAACAGCAUAUUUUGCAGCCCUGGUUUGAUGAGUGGAUCCAAAGAAGUCUUCAACAAAACUAAAUAUGCUCACAUGGGAAGAUCCAUAGUGGGGAAUCUGCUGCACAACUGAAUGUUGCACCUUUCUAAAUACGGGGAAAUUAUUAUACCAUAUUAAGGGUAACAGUUGGUGCAGGAAACAGAGAUAAAGGAUUUGUUCAGCCUAAAAUCAUAUUCAUCCAAUUUACCACUUUCCCGAGAUGUAGUCGAUCAGCCAAGACACGUUUGGAGUCCAAAUUAUGCUUACAAUUGGAGCUACAAGACUAAUGUUGCUAACAGACACUAGAUGUCAAUAGUCACCCAAAUAGCCCAGAUCGUUUCUCUAACAAACAUCACCAAAACGUCUGCAUGCAGGUCUUCGUUAAGGUGGCGCAGACUUGACAAUGUGGUUUAGGGCAUGACAUGACAUUGAGUCAGUAAUCCGAUCAUAAUGAGAUUUCUGCAGCUAUCUGAUUAUUCAAAUGGUCGUGUGAACAGCACACUCCAAUUUCUCUGAUAAAAUGAUAUUUUUACCAAAAAGGUGUAACAUCAUGUUUGAAUUUGACGUUAUGUUUACAUCAUGUCAUCUUCCGCAACUUUAUCGACUGGUUAGAACUCAGAAAUCUGAUUACUGUCUGACUCAUGUAGAUCCGGAGUUUCCUCAUUAUCUGAUCACUCAAGUGCAUGUAAACGCAUGAACCGGAAUACUGACAAAAUCUGUUUUUUUUGCAGUUAUCGGAUUAGUAAGUGCAUUUAAACACACUCAUUGUCACAUAUAUUGGUUCUAGAUCAGCACUCUUGACUACUGAAUACCGACCGUGUUGUUUGAAGUUGCUGCCUGAAGGUUUUUCAAUUUAUUUUAUAUCCAAAACCUCAUGGACAAAGUUAGUAAAGACCUGGAUUCAGUUUGAAGUGGUUAAGAGAGAUUUUGGAGAAACGCUCCAGCUCAGAGUGAAAUUUGGAGUCCAAAUAUGUCUCAGCUGCUCUGCUACAUCUGAGUAGUAUUGCAAAUUUGUGCAAAAUUGUGCAAAUGUGGUUAGGAACUGUUCUAUUAAGGCUGUUGUGUUCCUUUACAUCCGAUACAUCAAGUGGCGAAAUUGGCCUUCCUGAUUAUAUUUAGCAAACAUGUCACUCUCUGUUUAUACCCUUGACCCCUUUACCAGACUUUGUCUACACAGCAACUGGAUACACCAAAUGACCUGAAACCACACAUGCACACGUGUUUAGGUACCCUGUGGGUUCUCAUGUCACUUGCUGCUGAUGAGGCUAUGCACUGAACUUUUAUUUAUAUAUUCAUUCUCCAAAACAACUCAGCAGGGCCUACUUUCACGUUUUCACAGGAGUGUGUGUUUGUGUGCAUGUGUGAUGAUAACGAGUGAUGAAUCUUGGUUCAUUUCACUACAGAUCAGCCUAUCAGAGUACUAUGCUAUAGAAGUAUAUGUAAUGUUUAAGGAGGUGAAUAUUUAAUGCACUAUGUUGACGUAUGUGGAGAAGUACAUUUUGUGCCUGACACCUUCGCAUUCCCAUUGUAGUGACUCUAUUAAAGUGUAAGUACCAUUGA